AUGUUUGCCGUGCCAACCCUAAGGAACGUCAAGAAGAACAUCAACAGCAACAAUACCAGAAAAAUCAUAUCGAAGCAAGAAAUGGAAAAAUUUGCUGGGAAGUUGAGAUGCCUGCAUAAACUUAUUAGACAUCCGGUAAGUAUCAAGUAUUCGAACCAAAUUGCAUCUCAGAAACUUGUUUUCAGAAAGCUUCUGCCCCGGAACUUCAGCCAAGCAUCUUCUAUCUCUUCACGUUUUUACAGUUCGUGACGCUAGCGAACGAAAUACCAUUCGACGAGGUUUGUCAUAAUGCACUUCCCAAAACAUGUCCUUAAUAAAAUAAUUUUCCAGGCGUACCGCAAUUACAUCGACGGAGUGAUCAAACAAAUCACGGACUGCGAAGAUAUUGUGAUUCGUGUCGUGCUGCGAGGAGAGAACUUCUACGCCGUUUUCCAAGAAAAAGCUAUCCAGAGUCUUUCUUAA